AUGAGUACCACCACCAGCACGCAGAUCCCGCUCCUCACCCACCUCCUCACGCACGAGUCCUUCCGCGCCGCCCGCCUGCCCUCCCUCUACUCCGACUUCCGGCACCUGCGCACCAACAACCCCAGCGGCUUCACGGCCAACACCACGGCCUGGACGUCCGCGCUGGCUGGCGCCGCGCGCGCCGGCGUGCUGCCGGACACGCUUGUGCUGCGCACGGGCGAGGAGCUGGUGGCCGCGCUGGCGACCCGCGAGUGGGGGCGCCCGCUGGGCAUCGGGUGUGUGGUGGCCGAGGCCGUCCAGAAGAGGGAGUGGUUCCCGCUGGGGGUGUUUAUGCGCCAGGUGGAGAGCGUGUAUUACCGCGCGUGGAUCAAUCCGUGGGGGCUGCUGAGCUGGGGGUUGGAGACGGCGGGGCUGAAGGGGAGGGAGGGGGGUGCGGCGGGGAGUGGGGAGUUUGUGGUGUUGAAGAAUGUUGAGGAAUCUGCCCAGAAACUCCUCACGCAGAUCAGCCUCCUCCCCAACGGCACCCACCGCCUCUUCACACUCCCCCUCCUUCUCAAAACCUACCCCAACCCACUCACCAACACCCCCUACACCGACCGCGACCUCAAGGUCCUCCUCAAGUUCCUCACGCGCGACCUGCGCGCCGCCACCCUCUCCGGCGAAACCCUCAAGUUCAAGAACGAGAACGAGGAGCCCACGCCCGUCACGCCCACCGACACCACCAUCGCCGAGCUCAAGGCCACGAUCGCAAACCUCCACGCGCAGAUCGACCACCUGGCCGCGCAGAUCAGCGGCUGCACGGACAAGGCGCGCGCCGCGCUGCAGAACAAGAACCGCAUUGUGGCCGUGGCCGCGCUGAAGAGCAAGAAGCUGGCCGAGGCCACGCUGGAGCGGCGCGUGGGCGCGCUGGGGCAGCUGGAGGAGGUGCUGGCGAGGAUCGACCAGGCGACGGGGAAUGUGGAGUUGAUGGCGCAGCUGAAGAGGAGCACGAAGGUGCUGCGGGCGCUGAAUCGGGAGACGGGGGGCGUGGAGGCGGUGGAUGGGGUGGUGGGCGAGCUGAGGGAGCAGAUGGAUGAGGUGGAGGAGGUGACGAGGGUGUUGGGUGAGGUGGGGCUGGAGGAUGGUGAGGUGGAGGAGGAGAUGGAGGAGUUGUUGGAGGAGGAGGAGAGGCGGAAGGAGAUGGAGAAGGAGGCGAGGGAGAAGGAGAGGCGCAAGAAGGUGAUGGAGGAGCUGGGCAAGUUGACGCUGAAAGGGGAGGAAGAGGAGCAAGAGGAGGACCAAGGCGCAGUGGGCACGAUGGGGGGGGAGGCAGUUGGUGAAAAGAUCAAGGUUGCGCUUCCUGCAUCAUAG